GUGGGAAUGGCUGCAAUGGGAAGGGCGGCAAAGGUGGCAAGGGCUACGGCCCCAAUGGUUGCACUCCGGUGUAUAAAGUAGCGUUUGACGAUGUCAAGGACGUGGUGGUGAGGGGAGAGAGAGAGAGAGAGAGAUGCGACCAACUGACAUGUCUGUUGGAUCAGGAUGACCUGAGUGAGGACAUUGACGAUCUGAAGGAUGAUAUCGACGACCUCCAGGAUUGAUUGAUGGGACCUGUAUAUCUGAAGUCAAGAGGAGGAAGGUGUGGUGUAAUCGAGGAAAUCUGAGACGACAUGUGAGUCGAUGUGGUGUGUUUGACUGUCGGGAUGGUGUGUGCCUGCGAUUGGCCGCCUUUUCCUUUUGCGUGUUCCUUCACUGUGUGGUGCCUUUCUGCCUUAUGAGUGUCGUGUGAUGGUCAGUCACCUUAUCGUCAGCCAAUCGGUCCAUGGGCCUGGAUGGAUGGAUGCCUGUGUGCCUCUGGAGUGGGUGGAAUGGUCCGUCUGCCGACCAGCUGAGUGCCUGUGUGUUUGUGUAUAGUGAGUGGAUGGCGCACGGGCAUAAAAGGCCAUGUAUGUCGGUAGUGGGGGUGUGAAUGUUGUCCACGCAACUGUCUAUGUCUCCCUCUGCGACUGACUGGCCGACUGACUGACUGAGUGUGUGUGGGGAGGGGGGGCGAGGCGGGCACUAGUGCUGCUCAGACGCGAGCAAAAUAUGGCUAGUCAGUCGGCGGAUGGAUUUCUGUCAUCAGUGUGGAUCGCAUGGCUGCAUUUGCAAGACGGCCAUUAGUGGUGGGGCUGGGGUGAUGUGUGUGGUCGUGGGCGUUCGGGUUUGUGUUUCCUUUUGCCGUAUCGUUCGUUUCUCAUUCAUUGACACACACAUACACACACAGAGACACUCACACAGGGAGGGAGGGAGAAAAGGAACGACCAUGAGACACAUGGGUGGCUUUCUUAGUUAGGGGAGGGGUCUAUGUCUGUGUCUGUGUGAUGUGGGUGUUUAUGUCGACAGUCAGCUCUGACACAGAGUUGUCUGUCUGCCGAGUCAGACAGUGAGCAGACCAAGGGCAGAGGGCGGCCUUAUGGCUCAGUGAGGCGACACAGACAGACAGACAGACCGUUUAUGUGGAUGCCGAUCGCCUUUUGUACGUCUCAUCUGUGUAAGUGUGUGUGUGCGGCAGGCGGAGUGUCAUGUGCUCUCUUCCUUUCCCCGCCCUUUCACAUACCUGUCUGUCCGUCUCGUGUAUGUGUAUGCCGUGGGCGCAGAAACACAGAGAGAGAGGAAGAGAGAGAGAGAGAGACGCAGUCACGCGAUUGAUCGAUUGAUGGGAUGGACGGAUGCAUCACGGGACAGGGAACAUGCAGAGAGGAUAUCGUUCAAUCGUCAC